AUGAAAGAGGUGGACUUUGUAUUUCUCUGUGAGAGAGCAACUUAUGAGCAUUUCAAUCCUAAUAAGAACAUCUUUUAAUAUGGGGAUUAUGGGGAAAAGUUCUAUAUUGUGCUGCAAGGAUCAGUUUAAGUACUGAUACCUCGAAGAAAAGACAGAGCCAGUGAGGAUGAAAUAAAGGAUAAAAGUAAAACCAUUCUUUAAUCUAAUUUCAUGUCUGUAGGUGAGAGCCCUGAUAAAAAAUCUAUUGCUGAUAAAUUUAGAAGUGCAACACAUAAACUAAUUAUGAAUUAGAGGACAACCAGUCAGGGCUUGAUGGAAGUAGCUAUUCUUAAAGCAGGAUCAGCAUUCGGUGAACUAGCACUAAUUUCUAAUAAAGCUCGCUCAGCAACAAUUAAGACUCUUACUGAAACACAUUUAUUAGUCUUAAACAGAAAAGAUUUUGAAAGAGUGCUUAGAAGAUAAGAGGAAGCAAGUAUUUCAAAGUUGGUCGAUUUCUUCAAGAGUAUUCCAUUUUUCAAGAAUUGGACUAAAAACGCUUUAUCAAAGUUAACUUAUUUCUUUCACAGAGAAACUUUUUCAAGGAAUCAAAUUCUUAAAAGCAAACCAUAAUAUCAAAAUCUGAUUGGUGAUAAAAGCAUUAAUUCAUACUUAGGACCAUAAGCUCAGAAUAGAAAAGAUAAUCAUUAAAGAAAUCAAUCAUUUUAACUUCCUAAUCAAGGUGUUUAGUAUGAGCAAUAGAUAUUGAUAGUUGGUCAAGGAAAUUUCUUAGGAGAAGAAGAUGCUGUCAAGAUGGUAGACUAUACAACUACAGUUAAAUGUUAUUCAGAGAAUGGAGUCUUAUUAGUAAUGAAGGUAUAGGACUUUUACCAGAAAAUCAAGGGAAGUACGGAUACAUGGCAACUUAUAAAGAAUGUUGCGAAAUCCAAAGAAAAUACAACGAAUAACUCAUUGAUUAGACAGUAUUACUUAGAUAAAGAUAACAAAGAGCAAGCGAAGGAGAUAGUCAGAUAAAAGAUAAAUGAAGUUGAAAUAGAUGAUAUGGAGUUCUUUAAGACUAUGUUCUGGGGUGAGCCCAUCCCAUCAAGAAAGAUAGAUAAAAUAAUUUAACUCAAUUCCUAAAUGAGAGAAUCAAGCAAGAUUGUCAGAGUUUACAAAGAGGAUAAGUAGAAACUAACCUAUUACAAUAGUUUUCUUUAAAGAAGUAAGGUUAAACUUGUUGGGCUUGGAAAUACUAGUUUAAUUUCUAAAGAUAAAGAGAAUGAUGUAAAUAAAUAGAAUAAGGCAGUGUUUGUAAAUUAAAAAGAGUAUCAGACUUAAUAAGCAAAGCAGUUUGAUUAGUAUGAAAUUGAGCCAACUUUUAAAAACUAUUACGUAUCGAGAAACAUCAAUAAUAAUUCUAGAUAAAAUGUUGAAAUAAAAUAAGAAAAUAUAGUAAAUAAAGAUAUUGCUAAGCCAAGGCAAUCAAAUGCAAAAAAUCAAUAGACGAGUCAUCCAUAAUAAGCCAGCGACUCCAAUAAACCAUCUAAGUAUCAUAAACGAUUAGUCACAAACGAAGGAAAUCAACUUUGA